CCAUGUCACCGCAUACAGCUGGCUCGCUCGAUCUUCUCCCAGACCUCAAUAACACAGAAUAGGCAUCCUCAGAGCCAACCUGGCAUUAUACUGGGCAUUUCUACGGGUUUAGUCUGUUACUCUUUCCUGUCGUGGCGCAUCUUGGAAGGCCCGAGCACAAGUAAGCCACCUGUUCCAACCAACCACCCAUAGGUUACAUCCUUUUCGCGUUGUUUUCCCUUUACUGGUUUUCCCGCCCAGAAUUAAGUCACGUGACUCAAUGUCACGCUCUAGAUCGUCGGUUAGGACCGAGAUGAUUUUGAGUCACUUUAGAUAUAUAGCAGUCGCUUGCAAAAAAUCUCAUUCACAUCGAUGUCGCCCACUGCAGCAACUCUUGAAUACGCCUCGCACGCACCUGAACCUCUUGUUUAUCCACGGUUAUCGGAUCAUCAUCUUCUAUCAACAAAAACCCCAGAUUAUCUGCGACUCAUACUCACGUCAAAGGUCUAUGAGAUCCUCAAAGAAACACCCCUAGUUUAUGCUCCAAACCUCAGUGCAAAGCUGGGAAAUCAGAUUUGGCUUAAGCGCGAGGAUCUCCAGGAGGUCUUCAGUUUCAAGAUCCGUGGUGCUUAUAACUUCAUGGCUAGUCUCACCGACGAGGAGCGGUGGAAGGGUGUCAUUACUUGCAGUGCUGGAAACCACGCUCAAGGGGUCGCUUUGUCUGGUACAAAACUUGGAAUUCCCUGUACUAUCGUUAUGCCAAAUGGCACUCCAUCCAUAAAAAUCCGGAAUGUUCAGCGGCUAGGCGCCAAAGUCGUUUUGCACGGGGCUGACUUCGACGAGGCCAAAGUAGAAUGCGCACGGCUAGCACAGGCUCAUUGCCUCACUUUUGUGCCGCCUUAUGACGAUCCACUCGUUAUAGCUGGACAAGGAACCGUUGGAAUGGAGAUCCUCAAACAGUCGUUAGAAGCCGAUAAUCUUGAUGCCAUCUUUGCCGCUGUUGGUGGUGGCGGUUUGGUAGCUGGUAUUUGUGAAUAUGUCAAACGUAUAGGAAGCCCUAAAACAAAAGUAAUCGGUGCUGAAACAUUCGACGGAGAUGCCAUGGCUCGGAGCUUAGAAAAAGGCGAAAGGGUGACACUACCAGAGGUCGGACCAUUCAGUGAUGGAACAGCAGUGAAGAUUGUCGGCGAGGAACCAUUCAGGAUUUGCAAGCGACUUUUAGAUGACAUUGUCAAAGUCGACAACGACGAAUUGUGUGCGGCCAUAAAAGAUGUGUUUGAAGAAACUAGAUCUAUCACUGAACCUGCCGGCGCUCUAGCACUCGCCGGUUUGAAACGGUACAUUAUCAACAACAAGCUUAUCGGAGCACAACAAAAAUUUGUCGCUGUUAUCAGUGGUGCUAACAUGAACUUCGAUCGGCUGCGUUUUGUGGCAGAGCGUGCUGAGCUCGGAGAGGGUAGGGAAGCACUCUUGAGUGUCGAGGUACCUGAAAAACCAGGAAGCUUUAUUGCUCUGCAUUCAUUGAUUCAUCCACGUGCCAUAACCGAGUUCAUAUAUCGCUAUAACUCGCCCACGAUAGCCCAUAUAUUUUUAUCGUUCAAACUAGAAACUUCUCUACGUUCCAAAGAAGUAGCGAGCGUUCUUGCUGACCUUGAACGGGAAGGUAUGACGGGUCAUGAUAUCAGCGACGACGAACUAGCCAAAAGUCAUGCUAGAUACAUGAUCGGAGGCUGCAAGGAGGUACCAGAUGAACGUAUCUUUCGGUUCGAGUUCCCUGAAAGACCUGGAGCAUUGCGUAAGUUUCUUUUGGGUUUACACCAAGGUUGGAAUAUAUCUUUGUUUCACUAUCGCAAUCAUGGCGCUGAUAUAGGGAAAGUCUUGGCUGGUGUACAAGUGCCUUCACAAGACCAUGCACAAUUUGAUGAUUUUCUGGAUAAGCUUGGAUUUACUUUUGUAGAGGAAACGCAGAACCAAGUAUACAUAAGAUACCUUAGAGGAUGAAGGAAUAACAUUUUGUGUCUCAUGCUUUAUCUUGUGUUUUGCCUGCUAAUGUGAGGCUGCUAUAGUCAGCAUUCGUCUUUCAAGGCUUUCGCUGUUGUUCACUUGCUGACAAGACGGCCCACGAUCUCUCGGCUGCAUUUGCUAGCGCUCAAUUAUGACUGCUAAAGGCGUAGUCCUUCAAUACGCGAGCUUUAGUCCAAACAUGAUCCAGUGUACUACUGCGAUCAAUGCUACAGCUGAUUUCAUAACGAUAGACCGACCUAUCCAAUGAGUUAGUGUAGAGAGCGGAACUACAAAUAAGCUUAAAAUGUAGUAAAUCUAAAAUUUAGGGAGACUAGAAUAUUUGGCUCAGUACCGAGUGUGGCUGGUGUGAUAAGUGUGAUAGCCCAAGUCUUUGAAAAAAUUGGUGGAGACUAUUCGGUGGAGUGCUUGCCAAAGAAAAAAAAAUGGAAUCUAGAAACUCUGAGAGGAUCAUAUCAGGCUGUCUUUCAAUGCAGCCUUCAAGGAACUAAUCAAAAACUUGUUUUAUCAGCAAAUCAGAAGAAUAAAAGAAAAAACUGACACUCGCUUCCAAGCCAUCAAGGGCACAAGACCGUCCUUGACAAGCUAGUUGGUGUCCCACUUCACCAGUGUCCCGGAAGGUCUUCCGGAUGCACCUGAUGGUCCGUUGACUGAUUCCUAGGUAAUGGCUAACAUGUCUGUCCGAGAGGCCAUGGAUGCAAGACAAUUCGUACGCUAGUAUCUUCUGCUCCUUGGGAAUAUGGCGCCGCAUGUUGGUUGAGGCACUUCGGGUUCUUCCCGAAAAUAUACACUCCGCUGAAGUCCGCCUGCACACUAACUCAUAGGAUAGGUCUAUCGUUAUGAAAUCAGCUGUAA